GCUGAGAUUCCGUACACUCCGCCCUCUUUCGGUUUGUGCGCAUGCGCUUUUCAAUUCUCCACAACUCCCUCCGUUUCCGGACGCUAGGAUCGAGCGCACAGCUGCCGCCGAAUUUAAAGAGACAUACACCAUUCGUUUAAAUACGACCAUUGGAAAAAAAAAAUACGUACAUUGUUUCUGGUUCUCUUCGUGGUUAUCGAUGGGGGCUCGCUAUUGAUCCGUACGCUUUAUGGUGUAGUUUUAGUAGGGAUUGAGAAGUCCGAACACACUUGGCUUGAGCUGGAAGUCUAUGCUGGAGUAACUGGGUGGCCGUCCGUAAAGUAGACUGGACUUGUGGGGGGAAGAGAGCUGGGUGGCCCCCCGAUACGAACUGAAUUUUGCACGCCAGAACAAACUGCAAACACGGAGGGACGGUAAAUCAUCGUGGCUUUGGUGGCUGUUGGUGGGGAAGGAAACGCACCAUGGCGAAAAUUCAGGCUCGCAGCAGCACUGCGAAGCAAAUCAACCAGAUCCAAGACAAGGCCUAUGUGGUUCAGAAGCAAGUCCAGCAGCAGCACUUUCAAAAACUAAAGUACUUUUCGGUGGAGGAUGCCUUAUCUUACUUGGACCAAGUCAAAAUACGGUUCGGAAAUGAUCCGGGAAUAUACAAUAAGUUUCUGGAUAUCAUGAAAGAGUUUAAGUCUCAAAGCAUUGACACACCAGGAGUUAUCAACAGAGUUUCUCAGCUCUUCCAUGGGCAUCCUGACCUUGUCCUGGGGUUUAAUGCCUUUCUACCGCCUGGCUAUCGGAUCGAAAUUCCCAAGAAUGGAAUGGCAUUUCUACAGUCCCCACUGUCCUCACAGGUCUCUCCAGGACCAGGAAGGAGCACGGGCAGCUCUGUGGUUAGUGCUUCUUCGUCAGCAGUGGCUGAAGCAGGGCCGGCUCCAAAUGAAGCUGUGACCUCUCCGGAGAGUGUCGCUUCAUCAUCUGGACCUCCUGAACAAUCAAGCAGGUUGUCACUUCCUCUGCCCAGCCGAGAGAGCCAAUCACAGCCGGCCACCACUUCGAUAUCCCCUCCCACCUCAGAGCCCAGCCCUGUGGAGUUUGACAGCGCCAUCAGUUACGUCAAUAAGAUCAAAAACCGAUUUUUGGACAACCCAGAAACCUACCGGGCCUUUCUGGAAAUUCUACAUACAUACCAGAAGGAGCAGCUGGAGGUGAAGGAGAGCAGAGGGCGUAGCACUGGAGGAAUGACCGAAGAUGAGGUUUUCUCUAAAGUGGCAAGCCUUUUCAAAGGCCAAGAGGAUCUGCUUGCAGAGUUUGGCCAGUUUUUGCCUGACGCAAAGAGAUCUCUGUUUACUGGAGGCUCUUUGCCUGGCAAAGACAAUCUGAAGAAAGCAGAGGACGAGGAAAUGAAUAAACAGAACAAGAAGAGGCCUAGACCCAUGUUAUUGCCUCACAUGACCCCACUUCUGAAGAAAAAAAUGAAGUAUUCCUAUUCCAAGGACCCAUCUUUUGCCUCUGUGGGAAAGCAUGGAGUUUUGCGGGAAUUCACAUUCUUUGACAAGGUUCGCUGUCUGCUCAGGAGUCAGGAGGUGUACGAGAAUUUCUUACGCUGCAUAGCUCUGUUCAAUCAGGAGGUGGUUUCAGGGGCCGAACUCCUGCAACUUGUGACUCCAUUCUUGGGGAAGUUUCCAGAACUGUACACCCAGUUUAAGUCAUUUUUGGGUGAUAAAGAGCUGUCUCAUGCCAUCACGGGCUUCUCUGAGCGCUACAUGGAAGGUGGAGGCAGAGAAGUGGAUUACGCCUCCUGUAAACGCCUGGGUUCCAGCUACAGAGCACUGCCCAAGACCUACCAGCAGCCCAAAUGCAGUGGCCGAACUGCUAUAUGCAAAGAGGUGCUGAAUGAUACCUGGGUCUCAUUCCCUUCCUGGUCAGAAGAUUCCACUUUUGUGAGUUCCAAGAAAACACCAUAUGAAGAGCAGCUUCAUCGCUGUGAGGAUGAGAGGUUUGAGCUGGAUGUUGUGCUUGAGACUAAUUUGGCAACGAUAAGAGUUUUGGAAAGUGUGCAGAAGAAAUUGUCCCGCCUUUCGCCAGAGGAUCAAGAGCGCUUCCGAUUGGAUGACUGUCUGGGUGGAACUUCUGAGGUCAUCCAGCGUCGAGCGAUCUAUCGUAUCUACGGCGACAAGGCUCCAGAGAUCAUAGAGGGGUUGAAGAGGAGUCCAGCCACUGCAGUUCCUGUCGUACUCAAAAGAUUGAAAGCUAAAGAGGAGGAGUGGAGGGAGGCCCAGCAGGGCUUCAACAAAAUCUGGAGAGAGCAAUAUGAGAAGGCGUAUCUGAAAUCACUGGACCACCAGGGUGUCAACUUCAAACAGAACGACAUGAAGGCUCUUCGUUCCAAGAGUCUUCUCAAUGAAAUAGAGAGCAUCUAUGACGAGCAGCAGGAGCAGAGCACAGAAGAGGGCUGCGUGGGCCAGCAAGGUCGUGACAGCUCGGGCACAGGUUCGACCAGCGAACCCCACAUGAUCUUCACUUACGAAGACAAACAGAUCCUGGAGGACGCCGCCUCCCUCAUCAUCUACCAUGUCAAGCGGCAGCCCACCAUCCACAAGGACGACAAGGACCACAUCAAGCGUAUCAUCCAGCACUUUGUCCCCGACCUCUUUUUCGCCCGUCGUGGAGAGCUUAGCGAGACAGAAGAGUUCACGGACGAGGAGGCCGAAGGUGAGGACAGCGCAGUCACAGGAGGCGGAGUCUCAACAACAGGCGGCCAGCAACAGCUGAAUGGCGAUUUCAGACGAAGACGAUGCACUUCCCCUCAGAGCAUGGACACCUCUAUGGCCUCCCGUGGCAUGAAUCCAGAAGGAGAGCCAGUGGAUCUGCGGGACCCAGAGGCUGAGCACCAGAAGGAGCUGGAUGGAGUCUACAACCUGUUCUUCGUCAAUAAUAACUGGUACUUCUUCCUACGGCUGCAUCAGACUCUGUGCUCACGGCUGCUGAAGGUUUACAGGCAGGCCGAGAGACAGUUACUGGAGCACAGGGCCGAGCAGAAUCGGGAACGGCUGCUCAUGGGAGAGGGGCGCAGAGAAAAGGCAAACGACCUGGCCAUGGAGCUGCGUCUAAAACAGCCUAGUGAGGUGGAGUUAGAGGAAUAUUACCCAGCGUUCUUAGACAUGGUACGCAGUCUACUGGAUGGAAACCUGGAGUCCACGCAGUACGAGGACACACUGAGAGAGAUGUUCACCAUCCAUGCUUACAUCGGGUUUACCAUCGACAAGCUCAUUCAGAACAUCGUAAGACAGCUUCAGCACUUGGUCAGUGAUGAAGUGUGUCUGCAAGUCACUGAGCUGUACCUGGCCGAGAGGAAGAGGGGUGCCGCUGGUGGCAAUCUCUCGUCCCAGUGUGUCCGUGCCGCUUGGGAGGCCAGCUACCAAUGGAAGGCUGAGAGAGUCAUGGCUGAGGAAAACUGCUUCAAGGUCAUGUUAAUUCAAAACAAAGGUCAGGUGACCUUAAUGAUGGAGUUGCUGGACACGGAGGAGGCCCAAGGCGAUGACCCACUGGAUAUUCAGAGCCUGUCGCAUUAUAUGGAGCAGUAUAUAGGAACUGAGUCUGUGUGCUCUCAGACAGAAGGGUACUACUUUAAGCCUGUGUUUCUACCCAGGAAUUUGAGGCAUUUCCGUGGCUGGCAGCUCAAGCAGGUGGAAGCCAUGCGCUGCCGGAGAGAGUGGCAUCGGAAGAUGGGUGUGGAGACAGCUGGGAACCUAGACUGCCGUUUCAAACUCAACACGCACAAGAUGGUGUUUGUGAUGAACUCCGAAGACUACAUGUACCGCCGAGGGGCCCUGGUGAAGGCUCGGAGGUCCCAGCACAGAGUAGCACAGGCCCAGCACGAGCACUUUGAGCAGUGGCACCGGGGCUGGUUGAGCGAGCACGUGUCCCCCGCCGCCGAACGCAGCGUGCAGGACUGGCUCAUGGGAGAAGAGGAUGAGGACAUGAUCCCCUGCAAGACCACCUGCCUGUCCAUGCAGAUCAAAGGCUUACAUGUCAACAGGUACCAGGUGCACUACAACAGCAAGGCCCCCGCCUCACCGUAACAACCUCAAGCCUUGGGAUGGAUUUCUGUGAUCUCUCUCUCUCUCUGUUUUCUCUCUUUGUCUCUUUCUCGCUCACUCUUUCAAAUGUCCAAGCUUAAAGAUGCUUGGCUGAAACACAGCGAACAGACAGGAGUGGUUUGAGGACAGACAGCUGCUCAAAAGAGGGAGUGCAUCAUUGAAAAGCAUCACAUCUCGACACUAGUGUCCAUCAUGAUCGAUGCAGUUACCAGACGUUUCAGAAAUGUGAAUGUCAAACUUUUUUUUUUUUUAAGAAAGUCCAUUGUAGUUUUUAGCUCCUGAAAACAGAGUUUUGUUUUGUUUAUACUGAAGUAUUGAGAGACUAGGUUUAAUGUAUGUCUACAACGUCUGUAUGUCUUUUUGUACAGUAAAUUCAAUUCAAGAGCUCGAGCAAUUGCAUAUAUACAGCAGAAAGAUUAUUCUGUGUGCAUUUUCUUGGCUAUGAAUGAUGACUUGGAAAAAUUAUGUUUCUCUGGCGCACUGGCAUCUUAUCCGUAACGUCCUUGUUUUAGUUUUCUGUUUAGUGUUCUUUGUUUUCAUUGUCUCUUAACUGAACAGAGGAUCGCCAGUGUUGUCCGUCAAUCACUGCUCAUAAUUUUGUUAAACAUCCAGAUCAUGUAUCAUAUCGAUCUCGCCAAAUCCUUGCUUUUGUUUGGUGUAAUUUUUACAUAUUAAAACAGAAAAAAGACAAAAUAUAAGUGUUUUGAAAAAAAGAAUGUAUAACA